GCCCGGAGCGGCUCCGCGGAGCGUCUGUUGCAGCGCGGCACUUUUCCAUGUUGUAGCUAUAACAUGAUGAAAUAUUCUUCAGCGCCUGUUCCCACCUGGAUUUAUGAUUCGUUUCGAUUAUAUUUACACCGUUCUCUUUAGUUUUUAUUUGUAUUUUUAGUUUUAGACCAUGCGCGUAAUUUUGCGAGCGUUGCCGCGGUGCCACCGGGAGUGAGCGAGGCACUAUGCGCCGCGGGGACAUGGUUUUCACCCGAAAGGCUUAUGGAAUAUAGCCCGCUCUGUCACAGCCUGCAUGCCUUCUGCUCCAGCCCCGUGAAGAAGAAGCUCGUUCUGCUCAGCAUCAUGUUUCUAAUCUGGGUCUACAUGCUGUACUCCUGCGUGGGCUACUGCUCCACCAUGCCAAGUUCGGUGGCGGACGGGUACCGGGCCAAGGAGCCCGGUUCGGCGGUGGGCAGGAGGACAGAGGGCGGCAGGAUGGACGUGGUGUCCAGACUGCUGGCCGCGCCGCAGCCGUGGGAGGACGUGGAGAGCGACUACGAGGAGCCGUCCAUCAGAACCGCCGCGUCCCGAGACCUGCUCAAUAACGAGCUGGACGCGGACCGCGCCGACGAGUGGGACGAGGCGCGCGGCGCGCCUCCGAGAGCCCCGCAGCCCAGCGCCAUGUCCAGCUUCUCCAACGGCUCCGGCAGCAAGAAGCUGCCGCAGGCGAUCAUCAUCGGGGUGAAGAAGGGAGGCACGCGCGCCCUGCUGGAGUUCCUGCGGGUGCAUCCGGACAUCAGGGCCGUGGGAGCGGAGCCGCACUUCUUCGACCGCAACUACGACAACGGGCUGGAGUGGUACAGGGACCUGAUGCCCAAGACUCUGGAGGGACAGAUCACUAUGGAGAAAACCCCAAGCUACUUCGUGACCCGAGAGGCUCCGGCCCGGAUUUCGGCCAUGUCCCGGGACACCAAGCUGAUCGUGGUGGUGAGGGACCCGGUCACCAGAGCCAUCUCAGACUACACCCAGACGCUGUCCAAGAAGCCCGACAUUCCCUCCUUCGAGAGCCUCACCUUCAAAAACAGGACUACAGGGCUCAUCGACACUUCGUGGAGCGCGGUCCAGAUCGGCAUCUACGCCAAGCACCUGGACAACUGGCUGCAGUACUUCCCCAUGGAGCAGAUCCUGUUCGUCAGCGGCGAGCGGCUGAUCAGCGACCCGGCCGGAGAGCUGGGUCGAGUGCAGGACUUCCUGGGGCUCAAGAGGAUCAUCACAGACAAACACUUCUACUUCAACCAGACCAAGGGGUUCCCGUGCCUCAAGAAGGCAGAGGGCAGCAGCAAGCCCCACUGCCUGGGUAAAACCAAAGGCAGGACCCAUCCCAACAUCCACCCGGAGGUGGUGCAGAGGCUGCGGGACUUCUACCGGCCCUUCAACAUGAAGUUCUACCAGAUGACAGGACAUAACUUUGGUUGGGAUUGAUGAAUAUUUUAAAGACUAUUAUUUUUCCUUGAGGUUGUUUUUUUUCUUUGUAAUUCAAUGGCAAGAUGUGGAGAUGUUGCUAUAUAUAUGUAAAAUGUACAGAAAUCUAUUUUAUAAUAAUUUAUUUUUAUUUCUAAGCAAUUAAUUCACUAAGCUGCCUAACCAUGUUUGUACAUAACAUCCGGCCCAAAUGUUUUUAACAUUCCUCGUUUUAGCUGUGAAGACCGUGGUCCUGAACCUCAGUGGACCUUAUGGUGCUUCACAGUGCUGAUGGUCAGCAGCGCCUGAAGUCGAGACGAGGGUGGAAAAGGCAGAUUUACGGGUACAGAGUGCUCACAGAGGAGGACAUGCAUCCAUGCGGGUCGUCAUUUCAAACCGCGCCAGCGCCAGCGUGAUCCUGUGCUUCACUAUAAUGUAGCUUCCAUUAGCUUCGGGCUCAGCUACACACGGCAUGUCCCCUCUACGCAGGCAGAUCAAUGGGCCUAAUUGAUCCUCAUUGUGUCAUCCGUGCUUGGCGUAAGCAGCUGUCCUUUGAUUCUCAGUGCUUCUGCUGCCUGCUCUAAUGAACGACCCAUCCAUCAAACGCUGGGUCCAACCUCAGGACCACGGACGGGCUCAUGGUAACAUUAUGCUAAUGGGGUAAAGGUAACCAGCAGAUCAAUGGAGCCUCCACGCUCUAACUCCCGAUUAGAAGCAGGGUUGGCUCAGGGCCAGAGCUCCUCCGUCCGCUCAGGUCAAAGGUCGCGCAAAGUCUCAAUCAAAUUUCCUUGAGAGGCAUUUGAUUUGUUGCCAGGAGCAGAGCGAAAGCUCGGGUCAGAGGGAGUGUGAGGCAGCAGGAAGUAGGAAUCUAGAUGAGGGUUCCAGCUUCUAAGCUCGCUGGUGUCGCCAGUAGACCGUCCAUGGCCGUGUACUUUAUGCCUUAUUCACAGUCACCCUCCAAACUCCCAUCUUCAUCUUCCCACUGUGGGUUUCAACUCUCCACUUGGUUGAUGUCUAGUGUCGCUCACCGUUGCUUCUCUGCGUUCGUCUUUCUACUUGAAUUCUCGAUAUGCAAGCGGGAGUGGGUUCCUCGGGCCCGGGAGGCAGCCACGCUGCGCUCCACUGUGCUAUGCAUGCUCAACAUGGAGGCCGCUCUGGAAAAGGGUUGGCAGCAUCGGACGAGGCCCAGACUGAAUGUACACAGCUUUUCCUCACACAAACGCUGGAGAGCUCAUAUGUCACAGUUCGAGUUGCGGUUUAUUCCUUUUCACGUUGAGGAAACAUUGUGCCUCUUUCACUCCUGUCGCUAAAUUACAUACAGCUUUCCAUUCAGAGGCUGCCUGGUUAACCCUUAGGCCAGUCGCUGGUAGCAGGAGGCUGGAGGCGUGUAACACUGUACUUUUAUUUUGUAGUGCCACCCUUUACUGUCACGCUGCGUAGCUGAUGAUACUGGUGGUGAAACGUAAGCCUUCGUCUCCUCUUCCCUCUUAGUGCAAUGUUUGAUGAUCAAAAGCAUUUAGGACGAGCUCCCACCUUCCUGAAGGACUCACCCCCACGGUCUGCUCCAUGCUGCUGCGUUGGUUACGGUUGAGUUUUAUUCAGCCUGUUUGUCUUAGCCACAUAUAAUAUGUAUUUAGACUAGCAGAUCUGUAUGUACAAAAACCCAGACCGAGUGUAAAUCAAGUAUUUUGUGUAUGUGAAUUAAUUUUACACAAUGCAGAAGCGAAAUGGAACAGACAUUUCUAAAUGAUCAAAUACUGAACAUUCAUAAUAUUUCUUUGUAUGAAGAAAUAAAUAAAAAGUAUAUAUUUUACCAAAAUGCUUUGUGCU